AACCUUCUCCUUCACCAAAAGCUUUAUUCCAGGAACGUUUGAAUUUCAAUUCUAUACCUUUUUUCUUUUAUGGUUUUGGAAGGCAUAUCAGAGAACAAGAAGAAGAAUAAUAGUACUAAUUAAAUGGCAUACAAGGUGGAUCAUGAGUACGAUUAUCUUUUCAAGAUUGUAUUGAUUGGAGAUUCAGGUGUUGGUAAAUCCAACAUUCUUUCCAGGUUUACUCGUAAUGAGUUUUGCUUGGAAUCCAAGUCUACUAUUGGUGUUGAGUUUGCAACCAGGACUCUUCAGGUAGAAGGGAAGACAGUUAAGGCACAGAUAUGGGACACAGCUGGUCAAGAAAGGUACAGAGCCAUCACCAGUGCAUACUACAGAGGUGCAGUUGGUGCACUCUUGGUUUAUGACAUAACAAAGAGGCAAACAUUUGACAAUGUCCAGAGGUGGCUUCGGGAACUAAGGGACCAUGCAGACUCCAACAUUGUGAUAAUGAUGGCUGGAAACAAGUCUGAUCUGAACCACCUGAGAGCAGUCCCAGCAGAUGAUGCUCAAUUGUUGGCUGAGAAGGAAAGCCUUUCAUUUCUUGAGACUUCAGCAUUGGAAGCUUUAAAUGUGGAGAAGGCAUUCCAGACCAUUCUGCUGGAUAUCUACCACAUUAUUAGCAAGAAAGCUCUUGCGGCACAGGAAGCAUCUAAUUCAACUGGAGUUCCUCAAGGAACUACAAUUAAUGUUGCGAAUAUUUCUGGUAAUGCGGACAAGAGACCUUGUUGUUCUAAUUAGCAAGAUCCUGAUCUUAAAGAAUUGGGAAAGAAAGGAGAGUCUAGCAUUCCAGGAAAUUUUCGUUUUCGGCCAUUUGACAGAAAAGAGAUGAUGCCUUUUUUCACCUUCUGUCAUAUACUCUUCUGAGAAGCCAUGUGGGAAGGAAGAAGGUUUAUAGUCCAUUCGAAUCAAUUCAACAAAUGAUCAAAAGAAGGCCAUGUGUUUCAACACUGGCGUAGUGGAGGAGAAUAGCAGGAAAAUUGCUGUCCUUCUAAAGUAGGUAAUUAAAGAAAAUUCUCUGAAAUUUGUGACGGAUCUUAUAGCUGAUUAAUUCUUUGAAUGUUAGGAAUUAUGGUAAUUAAGAAUGCACUAUUCUCUCAAUGAUCAGCAUUGCAUAGUUGAGAAAUAUUUUACCCUUUUCAUAAUUGUUGUAGGGCAAAUAGGCAUGAAUUACCACAG